UUAACAAAUGGGAGCAGAUUUACUUAUUUGGCUAUCCAUUGAAUCUUAAUUCCAGUUUUAUUUUUUAUUUUUUAUUUUUUAUUUUAUGCACACGGGUUCGCAUAAGAUACGAUAGCGGAAAAAACACCAGCAUACAUAUCUCACUUACUGUCUGACGUCAAAUUGAUCGCAUUGAAGAGUGAACUUUUCGUAUUGAAGACUGUGACUUUUAUUAGGAAUUCUAGGAGGAUUUUAUGUUAAAAUCAGUGAGCAGGUUCCAGUGAUGCCGGAACAUAUCUUUGUAGGCAACAUGAGGCAAUAGAAAUUAUCUAGAAAGUGCUACAUGUGUUUUAGAGAUGAGAAGGUUAUAUUUACGUUAAGUUUCUUGUCAAUGUAGAAUGGCGGAGGCAAAGGGAAGGAACUCAACUCCAGUAAUUCCAUCUGAUAUGCAAUCUGUCUUGAAGCGGUGCGAAAAUCUUGAAAAGGAAGUGCGAUCACUCAAACUGAACCUGUCCUUCAUGAAUAGGAAGGAUUCUGAGCAGACUAAGCAGAUAGAGGAGUUGCAGAAGCAAAAUGAAGAUCUAAUGGAUGAAAAAGAACGGCUCGUAGAGGAGAUAGAGAGAGUCCUUUCAGAAACUGGCAAUGUUUGAAACUCAUCAACUUCUGGUUUGCAGUUAACUUCAGGAUCUUGAGAAUUUAUACAGGUUCAAUGAGGAAGACAAAGCAAGCAGACAAAUGUCAACGCUUGAUGCACAGUAAAUUUAUAUAUAUAACUAAGCUACUUAGACGUUCCUCCCGACUUUCACAAAGCGGGGAGUCUUGUUAGCUUAGGGUUGCCCUUUUUAUAUAACUAAGGUUUGGUAAAACGGUAAAGCUUAUUCGUAACUUUGGAAAUUCUAGAGUAAGGAAGACCAAGCUGCUUGUGUUUCAAUUUUUCUUCCAUGAUACGUCGCAUUAGGUGCGAAGGUCAAUUUGAAAUGUAUACCGCAUGAAAUAAUUUGGGCAACGGCAAAU